AUGGUCCUCAAGGUGUUUCAAGAUUCUCAGACACCAGGGACAAUGGAGCAGGCGUUGGACAUUCUCAUCCUUGGCGCCGGCUGGACCGCCACCUUCCUGAUCCCCCUCCUCUGCGACCGCGGCAUCUCCUUUGCGGCGACCACCAGCGACGGCCGCCAUGUCGCGGGCAGCCCGACCCUGAAGUGGCGCUUCGACCCUGCAGCAUCAGACCCGGAGCAGACCAAGGCCUUCGCCCUGCUCCCGCGUGCGCAGCACGUCCUCAUCACGUUCCCGCUCAAGGGCAAAGGGCAGAGCGCGCUACUUACCAAAGCUUAUGCAGAGACGCAUGGAGGCGAGGGUAGGACGUUCCGGUUCAUCCAGCUCGGCAGCACGGGGAUCUGGCAGUCCGACUCGCGGACGCCGCCGUGGCUGGACAGGCGCAGCCCUUACAAGGCCGACGGCCAGCGUGCCGUGGCGGAGGACGAGCUGCUCGGGCUCGGGGGCUGCGUCCUUGACCUUGCUGGACUGUGGGGCGGCGAGAGGGACGUGAAGCACUGGGUUGACAGGGUGGCCACGACCAAGGAGGCCGUGAGGGCCAAGACCAGCCUGCACAUGGUUCACGGCGUGGAUGUUGCACGGGUCAUCGGCGCAGUGGUCCAGGCAGGAGGGAAAGGCACUGCAGAAGGAGGUGAGGGUGGUGGGUGGGACAGCGUGGGGAAGGGACAGAGGUGGAUGGUGACUGAUGGGUUUGUCUACGACUGGUGGAGUCUGUUUGCGUCUUGGUCGAGCAUCGGUGAGAAUAGCUCGGAGCCCAUCAAGCAGGCGAAAUGGGUCUACGAGCUGAUGCGCGAGGACGGCGUGAGGGCUCUGCCGCGGUCGAUGGAGGCGCUGGGCCGCUGUUACGAUUCGAGGGAGUUGUGGGAGACGCUGGGAAUCACGCCCUUGAAGGCAGGUCUGGGCUUGUAG